GCCGACGAAUGCAGUGGCAGUGCGGAUGAGAAGAGCGCGCCGAUAGGAGCAUCGGAACUGGGUAAGUUCAGAGACCGUGUGAACACAUCAAGCAGAAGAAAAAGGCCAGCUGGCAAUACAUGUAGUAGGUGAAUGCAAGAGGGACAGAGAAGAGGAGGUUAAGAGGGAGAGAGGGAAGAGGAAAAGUGGUCGAGAGUGAGAAAGGGAAGGGAGGGGAGGGGUCGGUGAGGAAAGAGGCAGACAGAGGCAGACGAAGAGAGGGGUAGGAGGGCGAGGGAGCAGUGCGCAAGCCGGAAGCGGAAGAGGAAAGCAAAGUACGAAGGAUGGACGACCCGGAACUUGAGGUGAUUCGGCAGAGAAGGAUGCAAGAGUUGAUGGGCGGGAGGGGUAUGGGAGGAGCAGGAGGAGGAGGAGGAGGAGGGGGCAUGCAGUCGCGCGAGCAGCACCAAGCUCAAGAGGAACAGAGGAGGGAAGCCGAAGAACGACGACAGGCGAUGCUGGUCCAGAUUUUGUCUCCUGAAGCGAGAGAGCGUCUUGCGCGAAUCGCUCUCGUCAAGCCCGACAAGGCCCGGAGCGUGGAGGACCUCCUGCUGCAGGGUGCUCGGUUCGGGAAGAUCACUUCGAAGGUCACCGAAGAGCGUCUGGUAAUGAUGCUGGAACAGCUCAGCGAACACGAGCCGAAGCCGACAAGGGUGACAAUUCAAAGGAGAAGGACAUCGCUUGAUGACGAUUUUUAGGGAUCAACGGUGAAAUGCCUAUUAUGUGCCCUGAGGAGCACUGCAUGUUCCGUUCCUCUCAGGUGCUUGUCGCCAGUAUGUGCCUGACACGUGUCCAUGCACGGGGAUGUUUAGUGUGCGAGGAGAAUACUGAUGGAAGCGAUAAACGGACAAGAACACAGUGACGAUGAUCGUGGCCAACAGUGAUGAUGGCGAUGACACUGCUGCUACCAACGACAGUGAAGAAGAAGACAAUGACAACGCCGCCGCCAUUGCCGACGACACAGAAGAAGAAGAAGAAGAAGAAGAAGAAGAAGAAGAAGAAGAAGAAGAAGAAAGGGUGUACUAAAUCAGAUGCAGAAGGAGUAAAGGGUGGGAGUGAAUUAGACACAGGAGAAGGAAAAGCUGCUGGCAGAAUUGGGUUUCUGUAUCGGUAAAAGUUUUGGCAGUUCAUGAGCAAUGAACCAGCCAUGGGAGU